UUCUGAAGAUGUGAAGAAAAUUGCAGUAGAGACAAAGCUCAUUGGGGUUUUCUGUGCUUUUGGGAGCCUCGUGGUGUAUUUAACGCUGUGAACCUCAGUGCUGAGAGGAGAGAGAAGAGACCUCUCAAGGACAAUACGUCAGAAGCAAACCCCAACGUGUCUUGGAGUCUUAAUUGGCCCAAGGAAGGACAAUUACUGACAAAGGUUGCGCAGGGACUCCUCGGAGCAGGGGACCGGAGGCCAUGGCUGCAGGCAGACAAAGGCGCUGUGCAGGCAGCUGUAGUGCUGAGAAAAGCCGGGGUUUGCUGUAUGAAACAGAAAGGCAAAGUCCUGACCCAGCCCUGGGAAUGCAGAUGUGUCCAUCACCCAUGGGUCUCCUCCCUCUCUGUGGAUGAUGGGAUGGGACAGUCCCUGAACCACCCAGGGGACUAAGGAAUUAAGUGCUCUGUCUCACUGCUUCCAACCCACCACCUCCUCCUCUCCUCCCCUCGCAUUUUGAAUCGUCCUGACUUUGGAGUCAUCUGCUCUCUUCCUUUCUGUCUCUAAAACCGACUGCAAAGAUGAAGGGAAAACACCAGUCUUUAUUGCACGUAUUUUUCUUGUGCUUCCUUCUGUGAGAUAUGUCUAUUGGUUCUAUAAACAUAAUGACUUAAUGAAGCAGAGAUUUGGGGCUGGAACGGUGAGUUUCAUCUACCUCACUGCGGGCGCCUUUGAGAACCUGUUUUCCCCAGACUCCCUUCAGAGUCAGCAGGGGCAAGAGAAAACUCCAGAGGUGAGGUCCUCCCAGUCUGUAAUUGGAAAGCAAAAGACAGGUUACAAAUACCUCCCAGGUGCAGUUUUCUUCUCUGCAUUCAGGUCGGGACACUCGACAGUGAGAGCAAUGAGCAACUGUUUGGAAAGAGCUGUGUUGCCGUGCAGACAGAUGUCAGCUGAGACUGAGAGACAGACCACGUGGAAUCAUAAACUGCUGUCAUGAUUUACAGUACUGAAGAAGACAACUUGUGCUUGGUUCCUAUUCCACCUUCUUGUCCCCCUUUCUGAAGUGACGGAGAGCAAGAAGCUGUGGGAGAAAGCAGGGGAUUACGGAAGAGACACUUAGUAUUGCUGGGUUUGAAAUACACAGGGAUUCCUGGUCCAAAAAGGCAAGUACUGAAAAGUGGGAUGAAUGCUUUCAGUGUUCAUAUUGGGAUUGUUUGAUAGGUGAGCAUUUGUGCAGUAGAAGAGAUGAGUUGGGCACGUGGGUGCGACAGAUGUUUGGAAUAGGUCUGAGUGAAUUUGGAAUUUCCUAGGAAUGAGGUGGAAUAGCUGUCAGCCUCUUUAAAGUCCUCUGUUCUGGAGAAAGAACCCUUUACGGGUGUCUGAGAAAAGUAGAAUGAAGACAACAAAUUCUCUACCUGAAAUGGGGAACAGAAAAAAAACAGGGAGUGAGAAAUGCCUGCAGGACCAUCUCUGUCUGUGUUACGUAGGGAGACUGAAAGAAAGGAAAGUAGCAGAGAAGAAAGGCUCAAACCUCUCAUGCAGACGGUGACAUUGUCACACUUGUGUUUUUGCCAUGUUCCUGUCUCGGCAGGUUGAACUGAAGUACAGCAUGGGUCCAGGGAAUGGAACUGCAGUUACUGAGUUCGUCCUAGACGGCUUCUCAGGGCUCACCCAAAGACUGCAGCUAUUUCUCUCUCUGGUCAUUCUGCUCAUGUACCUGACAACAGUGAUCGGGAAUGCAACCAUCAUCUUCCUUGUGUGUGUGGAUCACCACCUGCAAACCCCCAUGUACUUUUUCAUCAGCAAUUUGGCCUUCCUGGAAAUCUGGUUCACAUCCUCCACAAGUAUCAAGUUGUUUGUGAUCCUGGGUUUUGGAAGGAGAACGAUUUCACUAGGCACCUGCUUUGCUCAAUCCUAUUUCUAUUUUGCCCUGGGCUGUACAGAGUUUGUUCUGCUUGUUGUCAUGUCCUUUGAUCGCUAUGUUGCUAUCUGCCAACCUUUGCAUUAUGCUGCCAUCAUGAAGCCUCAGCUCUGCAUCUACUUAGUUGUUGCAGCUUGGGUCAUAAGCCUCACACUCUUCAGUUACCGCCUGGUUCUCCUCUAUCAGUUGACUUUCUGUGGCUCAAACAAGAUCCACCAUUUCUUCUGUGACAACUCCCCCUUAUUCAAACUGUCCUGCUCUGACACCAGUCUGCUUUGGAAAACAGACUCUGUUUUAGUGUCAUUUGUCAUCCUGGGUUCCUUAUGUUUAACUCUGGCAUCCUACAUGCGCAUCCUUUAUUGUAUUCUGCAUCUUCCAGCAGCCUCUGGGAGGAAUAAAGCUUUUACCACAUGUUCUUCCCAUCUCACCACCUUAGCUAUCGUAUAUGGGAGCUGCAUUGCUCUCUAUGCAUGUCCUUCAGGAGACGUUCCCUUAGAGACCAACAGAAUUGUAGCUUUGCUGAACACUGUUCUGUACCCAUUCUUAAAUCCCUUCAUCUACAGUCUUAGAAACAAGACUGUGAUACAGGCCCUGAACAAAGCCAUCGCCCAUGCAACAAUGCAGCUUUUCCACUUAUUGCGAUGCAUUUCUGGACAGCGAUUCCACUGAUCUGCUGUCAUACUUCCAAUAAUAUCAGUGCCUGUGUAUGGGCCUCCAAAUCUGCCUCGACACUGAGCAAUGCACUUGUCUGUCCACCGGGGUGGUCUCUACCUUCGUCCGGAACGGGGCUGGUAUUGAGGGGCACUUACUGAGCAGAGUGAGUGUCUGAGCUCAGCUGCAGGAGGGAUCCACCCUGCACAGCUCUACGUAGAGACUGGAUUUUGUCUGGUCGGGAGACAACACGGAGUGACUUUGGUCUCAAGCUUUUAUUGGGUACACUGGAGCCAUGGGAAAUAUUCUGA